AUGCCUGAUCAAGAGGUGGAAUACAACAAAGACCUGGUCGCUAUCAAGGACUGGCUCAGUAAGCAGCCGCAUCUACCACAUGACGUCGAGGAUGUCCUGCUACGACGUUUCUUCGCCAGUUGCGGCUACAGCUUGGAGCGCGCCAAGCGGACAAUAGAUUUCUUCUUCACGCUUAGGUCAACGGCCCCCGAAUUAUUCUGUAAGCGAGACCCCUGGUCGCCGGAGAUAAGGCGUGUCUUCGAAAUUACGGAUAUGUUGCCUCUUCCGAACAAAACAAAAGAGAACUACAGAGUGUUUAUAUACCGCCUUAAAAACCCUGAGUUGGACUUAUUUAACUUUAUUGAUGCGGUGAAGACUUUCUUCAUGCUUGCCGAUACUAGGCUAACAGAAGAUGAUGACAUACCGUCCGGGGAGAUACCAAUUUUUGAUUCCGCUAACGUCAGUCUUAAGUUUAUGGGGAAGGUGAACAUAUCCGUGCUUAGGAAAUAUAUGUUAUACACACAGGAAGCGAUCCCAAUUAGGUUGAAGCAAGUGCACAUUAUCAACGCACCCUCGUACAUCGGCAAGAUUUACGGCUUGUGCAAACCGUUCGUCAAAUCGGAUGUUGCGAAGUUGGUAAAAUUCCACGAGCCAAAUUCCACGUCACUGUACAAAGACGUUCCGCAAGAACUGUUGCCCAACGAAUAUGGCGGCAAAGCUGGUACUGUGGAUCAGAUCAAGAGAUACUGGAUCAAACGGAUCGAGGCCAAAAGAGAUUGGUUUCUGGCGAACGAUAAGAAUUGGGCCGUGGAUGAAGCACUAAUACCGUCCAACUGCAAGGAUGACCGAGCGCAUCAAGUACGAGAUCUGCCGGGCUCCUUCCGCUCGUUGGCCCUAGACUAA